GUCACUAGUUACAGGUAGUUUCAUAUACUGAACUUUAGGCCUACGUCUUCUUUAUGGAUAUAUGUUGUUUUUCUUUUUUUGUUUUUUCGUUUUAAACUUUAGCAUUCGACUUUAACUUUAUCCACGCAUGUUCAAUCUCUGGUGGCAUUAUGGCGGUGUUUGAGAACUGUACUGUUGUGUUAGAUGUGAAGAAAUUGCCUUUUAAAGAGAAGAAUAAGUUGAGGACAGCUCUUCUGGAUAAUGGAGGAAACAUCUCUUAUGUCGUCAACAAAGAGUGUUCAUUUGUAGUCACAAACAGUCUGGAUGACUUGAGCAGUAACCGACAGCGCAGCAUUCAGAAGCACAAUAUCCCAGUGGUUGGCUUGCAGUAUGUGUGGAGUUGUCUGGAAAAAGUGCACCUCCUGCCUUUGAAAGAGCAUAUUUUGGCAUAUCCCAGCUCUGAACCCCUCCCUUAUCCAGUGUUGACCCAGCCAUCAGGGAAGCUGAAAGGUCAGCCACAGCUCAGAAACAAUGAGACUGAGAUUCUUGAGAAGGGCAGAUCCCGUCUUGGCAAAUUCAGAGUUUACAAAGAAAGUGACCGUGACAUGCCUGAAUUUCCCUCACAUUUUCAAGUGGCAAAGUAUUCAGUUUUUGAAAGUGUCAAGCCCAAGGCUUUGUCAGUUUUGGAGCUACAGAGUGCCAAAGGAGGAGCGGGCCAGCAGUAUCGUGUGUUGUGUUCCAUGUUGCGUGAAUCAGAGACUGUAGUGGUGCAGGAUAAGCUUGUGUACUGUGUGACCUCUGAGGAUGCUGUGGAUGUCUAUCAGAUGUUGAUGAUGGAGAUGGAGAUUCAGGGAUUCACACAGACACACACACUUCCUCCUGAGGCUGAGCAAAUGGCAUCCUACAGCUUGAAGCAGCUUCUGUUGGAGGAGAAGCUGAAUUGCAGCACAUUAUCACAGGAAGUGGGCAUCUUUGUGGAGCUGGUCUGGACUGAAGCUCUCGGUUCACUCAGCAACAUCCUGACGGUCCCUGUCUCCAGUAUCAGCCUCAAUGAUGUGAGUCGGGUGGAGGGAUUGUUGCUGCAGGCACAAAAGACUCAAAAAGAAGCUGAAGUCAAAGCCCUGCUAGAGGAAGUCAACACUCUUCUACCCCUCAGAAUGAUCGACCCUCCAUCCAAACACAAGCUUGUGUCUCAAAAACUAGACCUUUGUCAGCUGAUCAGAGAUAUUGUGAAUGUGAGUGAAGUCACUCUGAGAAGCCCCUCACCCUCCUCUCUGGGAAAGUAUCGUGCACUGAGGUGCAGCAUUGAAGUAGUUCCACCACAAAACCCUGAGUUUCAUGUAGUCUCACAACUGCUUCAAAACAGGACUAUUCAGAUUCAGCAGAUAUUGCGUGUAAACAGAGGAGUGGAGCUUCAAAUGUUUAGGGAGGAGUUAGGCAACAUUAAGCCCCUCCUCCACUCUACUAGUCCCAGAAGUUUUGUUGGAAUACUUUCACGAGGUCUGCUGUUGCCCAGGGUUGGAGUUGAACAGCAUGGAAUUGAGAGGACAGAUAUAGGGAACCUUGGAGGAGGCAUCUACUUCAGUGACUCUCUAACGACUAGUGUGAAGUACUCCAAGCCCAGUGUAACAGAUGGCUCUCGGCUGCUGUUGGUGUGUGAGGUGGCAUUGGGUCAGUGCAAGGACCUGCUGAAAAGAGACACCACUUUGACCUCUGCCCCUGAGGACUACAACAGCGUACAUGGAGUCCGCCGCACCCCGAAAAAACCCUCUGAAUUUGAGGAUGAUGAGUAUGUAGUAUAUAACACAGAACAGAUCAAACUGAAGUAUGUAGUGCAGUACACUCUGGAGGAGGACCACUUAAAAAUGUUCCAGCCUCAUAUUGACACCUCUGUGGAGCUCACACUGCCCACUGACACAACCUCUGAAAUCUUGUCCAGUGAUGACAGUGAGGGUUUGCAGUUCACUAAGAAUCCUCUAGAGGAGAUGACUGCAGGUUUGCUGGACAGCAGUGGUCAGAAACUUCCCCUACAGGCUGUCCAUGUGAGAUGCAAGCUCAUGGACCUACUGUGUCAGGUCAUAAUUUUUCAGACUUACACAAAUCAGAGUGCCGUUCCUAUUGAAGCAAAGUAUGUCUUUCCACUGGAGGAGACUGCAGCAGUGUGUGGAUUUGAAGCCUUUAUCAAUGGAAAGCACAUCAUUGGAAAGGUAAAGGAGAAAGAGCAGGCUCGUAAGGAGUACAAACAAGCAAUAGAGAAAGGUCAUGGAGCCUACCUGAUGGACCAGGAUGCACCUGAUGUAUUUACUAUCAGUGUUGGGAACCUUCCUCCUGGAGCCACAGUUUUGAUCAAGGUGACCUUCAUCACUGAGCUGGUGGUGAGAGCAGGAUCUAUAAUCUUCUCACUGCCUGGCAGCGUUGCACCCUGGCAACAGAGCAACGCCCUUAAUCAGAGAACUCAGGGAACUGUUGAGAAGGUUUGUGUGACUGAGCUUCAAUCAGAGGGGGAGUUUUCUCUGUGUAUGUCCAUUGAAAUGCCUUAUGAGAUCAUCGACUUAAAGUCUUCACAUCGCAUCAAAUCCAAGAUGACAGACUGUAAGGCAGUGGUCAGUACUUUACCUGGACAGACUCUUGGAUCUGAAGGGCUGCAGGUGUUCUUCAGUCUCUCGAAGAUUCACAUGCCCAGGAUGUGGGUGGAGAAUCAUCCAGAGAAAGAUAGUCAGGCCUGCAUGUUGGUGUUUUAUCCAGACUUUAGGUCAAGUGGGGUGUCCAGCUCUGGAGAUCCAUCCAGUGUGAGUGAUGUGGUCAUUCUGCUGGACUCAUCUGAGUCUAUGCGGGGAGACGUCAUGCUGAAUGCUCGCAGGAUUGCCCUUCAAGUCCUCAACUCUCUCGACCGCUCACUCAAGAUCAGCAUCAUCUCUUUUGGCACUGAUUACAAGGAAGCUUUUCCUGCACCAGUGUCCUUAGAUGAGGCAUCUGAAUCAGCCAGAAAAUUCAUUAUGACCUCUAGUUGUGCUGGCGGAGGCACUGAGCUGUGGAGGCCUCUCCGUAGACUGAGUCUGCUGCCUCCAUCAAAGGGUGUGAGAAAUAUCCUGCUGCUAUCUGAUGGACAUGUUCAGAAUCAGGCUGUGACCCUACAGUUGGUCCGAGAGAACUCCUGCCACACACGCCUCUUCACCUGCGGCCUCAGUUUGACUGCCAAUCGUCAUAUGCUCAGAGCUUUGGCUCAAGCAGGUGGUGGAACAUAUGAAUUUUUGGACACAAAGAUGAAACACACUUGGACAGAGAAGGUGCGCGCUCAGGUUCAGCGUAUGGAGUCUCCAGGAUGCAGAUCAGUGGCAGUGAAAUGGCAGCAGUUUAAUCCUACUGCACCCCCUCCUGUUCAAGCUCCUUCACAGCUGCACGCUCUCUUCAGUGACUGUCAUACAAUGGUUUAUGGCUUUGUGCCUCAUUGCACUCAGGCCACACUGUUUGGAGAUCUGAGUGGACAGGAGAUCAAAACAAUGGUGUCCACCACAGAACUACAAAAGACAAAGGGAACUUUCCUCCACAAGUUAACGGCUAGAGCGAUCAUCAGAGAUUAUGAAGAUGGCAUUCUUGGCAACAGUGAAGCUGAACAUGAGGGAAAGAAAGCUGAGCUGAAGUCCUACAUCACUGAGCUCAGUAAAGAGUUCUCCAUCUUGUCCCAGUUUACAAGCUUUGUCGCCAUUGAAGAGAGGGAUCAGAAUCAGCUUGACACUGGAUUCACAGAUAUUCCUAAACUGAUUGCAGAUGUGGAUGUGGAUAUUCUGUCAUAUAUGGGCUGGACUGAGGGGAAGCAGACUGCACAGAUUGAUGGUGAAAACAAAGAGGAGCUAAAAUUAGGGGAAACCCUCAGUAGCAACUCCUCUGAUUAUGCUAAUGAUUGUCUCGAUGACAUCUUGGAUGAUGUUGAAGAUUAUUUGUCUCAGUCAGACUACGGACCGUGUUAUGAUUUUAUCAGUGAGGAAAUCCUUCCUUCUCCUCCUUCCCCUGACUUCAACAUGCACAAAUUUAAAAAGAGCCAGAUGCUGGAACCUUGCCUCAGAAGAGUUAAGCCUCCCUCCCCCCCUGCCACCAUGCUUCCCCCUCCUCCAGCCCCCUUUUUAUCAUUGCCUGUUAAACCCAUAAUACCUGGGUUGCCCUCUUAUGGUCAAUAUGAUAGUCCUACUGAUGCCCUCCAAAAGUUAGUUGAGCCUGAACAGUUCUGUUGGUCCUCGGUCUCUAAUUUGAGGUCUUCAGUUAUGUUUGGAGCAUCUGUUCAGCAUCAACAACAAGCCUUUGGGGGUUUUGCCUCUUCUCAAGCUGGCAGUUCUGUUCCAAUGCCUCCCCCUGCCAUCAAGCACCAAGCUCCUCGUUCUUUUAGUUUUUCUCCCACUGGUGCCAUGAUGUCUAUACCUUUCUCCAGGAGUGACAGGCCUCCCUCACCCCCUGCCUCCAUGCUUCCCUCUGCUCGUGCCUCCUAUUUCUCUUGUCCUGUUAAACCCUUAAUACCUGAGUUUACCUCUUUCACAUAUGGCAGUCCUACUGAUGCCCUCCAGAACACAGCUGAGCCUGAAAAGAACUGUGCCCCUCAAUUUAAACCUUCAGUUAUGUUUGGAGCCUCUCCCCAACUCUUUGGGAUGUCUGCCUCAAAUCAAGCUGGUGGUACUGUUCCAAUGCCUCAUCCUGCCAUCAAGCACCAAGCUCCUCCUCCUGCUCUUCCCUCUAGGGCUAUAAUGCCUACAGUUUGGUCCAUGAGUGAUGCCUCCUCCAUGCCUCCUCCUCAUGCCUCCUUUUCCUCUUGGGCUGCUAAACCCAAAAUACCUGAGUUGCCCUCUUUCGCAAAUGAAAUUCCUAGUGGUGCCAUCCUGAACAUGGCUGAGCCUAAAAAGUCUCAAUUUAGACCUUUAGUUAAGUCUGGAGCAUCUGUUGAGCACCAACAAAGAGGCUUUGCGUUUUUUGGCUCUCAUGCUGGCGAAAGUGUUCCAAUGCCUCCCCCUGCCAUCAAGUCCAAAGCUCCUUCUCCUGCUCCUCCCACUGGUGCCAUGAUGCCCAUAAGAUGCCGCAUGAGUGCGAGGCCUCCCUCUGCCUCCAUGCUACCCCCUCCUCGUCUCCCAGUUUUUGGUAUCACUAGUACACCCAUAAUACCACAACUGCGUAAUCUACAAGAGAAACAACAACGUUUUUUUGCACUUGCAAAAAACAGUACCUUUAGUUGGUUAAGUGUUCAAAAUGAACCAAAGAAAAUAACAGCACUUAGCUUGGCAUGUGCACCAUGCAGACCACCUGACACUGUGGCCUGGGAUGAGCUGUUUGAGCUUCAACAUGAGGAUGGAUACUGGGAGUGCACUGGGAGGCUGAGUAGUUUCCUCAGUCUGGACAUAGACUUUUUUGCCAAUGUCUUCCUUAAGGAGAAAGGCAUCUGCUCCUUGGGUUUGAAGGCUCAUGUGGACAUUCUAAGACUGGUAGCCACUCUGUUGGUGCUGCAGCUGAUUCGGGUGAAGAAGCUGGCAGAGGGAGAGCUGCUCCAGUCUCUGUUUAAGUUGAAAGAGUCCCAGGGGAGCAGGCCAGUGCACUGGGAGGCAGUGAAGAGGGCAGUAGACUGGGCCUGCUGGGCAGACAGACAGUAUCCAUGUAUGUGCAGCAGGCUGGAGUUUGGCUUCAAUUGGGAAUCAUCCACACGGCAGUUACUGGGCUGUGACUCACCACUCCCAUUCUCCCCACUUAUUCCUGUUCUGGAGAGGCGUGUGGGUGUACCAGUGAUGUAGAACCUGGGCACAGAUGUCUGUAUUUGUCCUGCCAGCACAAUAAUUAUUACAUUACUAACAAAGCAAUAGUCUUACAUUUCAGAUUAAAGUAAGAAGCCAAUGCCUAGCUUGCAGUGAAAAGUUCAACCUCCUGGUCCUUGAUGUGUCAAAUUCAUUCAGUACUCGCUCUGUUUAUUGUUUAUUCCAAAGUCUUUGUGAAAUGAUCAUUAGAGCCAUGUCUGUGAUGCGCAUCUUUGUCAAGCAGUUCCUCAAAAAUGUAUGAUUUUUGUGCACAAAAAAGUUCAGAAAUUGUACUCUGCUUGCUUUUAUUAUAAUUUUUUUAAUCAAAACGAGAGUCUGUCACGAAACAUUACGAUUAUAUUCUCCUUGUCAACUCCAGAUUAACAACAAUAUAUGUCAAGCGCCCCGCCAAUCACAUUCUAUCAAACAUAUUUACUGUUGGUUUGAAACGUCUGACCACCUUUUAUUCAGUAUGUUUUUUUUUUCUCAUGUAUUUUGUGUGUAAGAUAAUUUUGUUAUUUUAGUGUGUGAUUAUUUUCCCCAAUGUAUUUUAACAUAAAAAUAAACACAUCACCUUUCAAUUAGAAAUUCAUAUUGAAACGCUGCCAAUGUCAAGUAAGCAGUGCUUACUGCUUUCAUCUGUGCCAUUUAGUUUUGAUGGCUUCACUAUUAUUAUAAAACAAUGGAAGACAGUAAUAAUAAAGAAUGAUUUGGUGUGUCCAAACUUUUGACUGGCAGUUCAUUCUUAAUAUAGUAUAAAAUUAUUUAGAAGAACAUUGGUAAAUUCAAACUGUUAUAGUAAUUAACUGUACUAACUAUGUGUAGCUAUUAGUAAAAUGGAUGCUGUAAUGCAUUGAUCCCAUUAUUUGUUUUUGAUUGCAGUGAUACCAUAUUUAUAACAAGCAAAUGAAUGCAAU